UAGCUGUUUAUAAAUUAUGAAUCUUUAAAUUAAAACCUUUGCAGCCGCAAGAUGAGAUUGGUGAUAUUGGAGACGAGCGAUUCGGUGGGCAAGUGGGCGGCCAAAUAUGUGAUGAAGCGGAUCAAUGACUUCCAACCGGGUCCAGAUAGAUACUUCGUGCUGGGAUUGCCCACAGGAUCCACACCCCUGGGUAUGUACAGGGAGCUAAUUGAGUUCCACAAACACGGAAAGGUAUCCUUCCAAUAUGUCAAGACAUUCAACAUGGACGAGUAUGUGGGGCUUCCGAGGGAUCACCAGGAGAGCUACCACUACUUCAUGUGGAACAACUUCUUCAAGCACAUUGACAUCGAGCCCAAAAACGUCCACAUUCUAGACGGAAAUGCCCCGGAUCUCGUGGCCGAGUGCAAUAAGUUUGAGGAUCAGAUCCGAGAAGCAGGCGGAGUGGAGCUCUUCAUCGGUGGCAUCGGACCCGACGGCCACAUCGCGUUCAACGAGCCCGGAUCAUCGCUGGUUUCGAGGACCCGAGUGAAAACCCUGGCGCAGGACACGCUUGAGGCUAACGCCCGCUUCUUCGACAAUGACAUGAGCAAGGUGCCCAAGCAGGCGCUGACCGUGGGCGUGGGCACUGUGAUGGAUUCCAAGGAGGUAAUGAUCUUGAUCACCGGGGCGCACAAGGCCUUCGCCCUUUACAAGGCUAUCGAGGAGGGGGUGAACCACAUGUGGACCGUAAGUGCCUUCCAGCAGCACGCCAAUACCCUGAUGAUCUGCGACGAGGACGCCACUUUGGAGCUGCGCGUCAAGACUGUCAAGUACUUUAAGGGCAUUCUAAGAGACCUAGACGAGGGCGCUCUUCAGGAGGGCUACACAAACUGAUUUUCGAGUAAUGUAUAUUCAAUAUUGUUUUGAAUUACCCCCUCUGCACAUUAUGAAAUAUUUCUUAUAUAUUUAAGUAUAUGUUUUGACUAAUAAUAACGAUUUAUAGAUGGUUAAGCAAAAUGAAAUGUAAGACUCGAGCAAAAUCAAAAGGUCUCCCAAAGAAAUGGAUGUUGGAUCACACCCUGAAACCCAAUUUGCGGAUUUAUAUCGGAUUUUUAAUAACCGCCUUAUUCAAAGAAAUAUAAACUGAGAUAUUUUUAAAUAAAAAUGAAACAAAAA